AGACACCAUGACAGGCAAAGAAGGCACGGUUUUUUCUGAAUCUUUGAAUAAACAGAAAAUGGCCUCACCCGCAAAUCAUGGGGGACCGCAGCCUUUAAAGAUCGGGUCUACGACGCACAGGUGCACAGGUUUCGGGAUACAAGAGAUUCUUGGAUUGAACAAGGAACCGUCUGCCCCCCCGCGCCGUCCGUUGGAAUCUCUACCGCCCAGGGCGCACCUGCUGGCCUCUAGGUCGGCUCUUGGUCCAGGGGGCGUCGGGGUUGGUAUGGGAAUAAUUGGACCAGGCGGUAUACAUUCGUUUUACAGCCAGCCUGCGUUUCUUGAAGUGUUAUCGGAGGCGCAAAACGUUCACCUGCAGCCGCUCAACAGGGCUAUGGGACAGCUGGAUGCCCAUCACUCCGCCAGCUCCGACUCAGACGAAGUAUCUUCCAGUGAAAAGAAUUUUUCUAAAUCUUCAAUGUGCCAGAGCAAGAAAAGAAAGAAAAGACGCCACAGGACCAUUUUUACAUCUUAUCAGCUGGAGGAGUUGGAGAAAGCUUUCAAUGAAGCCCACUACCCAGAUGUCUAUGCAAGAGAGAUGUUAUCGAUGAAGACAGAGCUACCUGAGGACAGGAUACAGGUUUGGUUCCAGAACAGACGAGCCAAGUGGAGAAAGAGAGAGAAGUGCUGGGGUCGUAGUAGUGUCAUGGCCGAGUACGGACUGUACGGUGCUAUGGUUCGCCACUCCAUCCCCCUCCCAGAGUCCAUCCUAAAGUCAGCCAAGGACGGCAUCAUGGACUCCUGCGCCCCCUGGCUGCUAGGUAUGCACAAGAAGUCCAUGGACACGACAGUCCCCACGUCUCCAGGGAAACCAGACACACCACAACCCCCUGCCAGAGAGAGAGUGGUGGAGCGAGAGAUGGAAGAAGAGGAGGAGAGAAGGAAGGAUUCCAGGUCACCCAUAUCCAAAGAGGAACUGAGGGAGAAUAGCAUAGCCGCACUCAGGGCAAAGGCCCAGGAGCACAGUGCUAAAAUGCUGGGGACAGUUUCUGGGGACGGACCCUUGAUGGAGACAGAGGAACUGGACAAACAUACAGGACAGAAGAAGACAGCUGAGGCAAAGAAGAAGUAA